UGCAAGCUUUCACCGAAUUAUAAUAUUAGAUACGAGUUAAAACUAGCCUGUUUAGGCGUCAAAAAUCUAUAAUAGGAACACAAUUACACGGUAUCACGAUCGUCAAAACAAUAUUACACACAUUUACUGCAGAUAUGAAUGUAUGGUAAAUGUGAUAUAAUUAUACAAAUGGAAAGAUUAUGAGUUAUUUUAAUUUAAAUCAAAAAUGGAUAAAUAUUGCCAUGUAUUAUAUGGCCGCCGCGGUGAACGGAUCUGUGACGUCACAUGCAAUGUCAAAAAUCACCGUAACUAUAAAAAAUAGCGAACGAUUAGCCACAAACGGAUUUACUAUUUAGUCGUAUCAUUAUAGUGCUCUAGUUGGAGUGAGUUAAACUGUAUUUUUUUUGUUUAUUAUGAUAAUUAAAUAAUUAUCAAUUUUUUAAGUUUGAUGGUGCUCUAAGAAGUCUGUCUUAGAUUUAAUUUAUUCAUAUUUUAUAUUAGUUUUAUUUAGCCCAGACUGCCAGUGGUUAUUACAGAUAAUGUCAAAAGCUUUGUUAUUAGAUUUAGAUCAGAUUUGAAUGUCAACUGGUCAACAUAUUAUUAGAAAGUAUGAUGCUGGAAACCACAGAGGUGCGUAAAAUGGAUGCAACGCUCAAAUUUGAACUCGUAAAUUUAUUAGAUAUUAAUGAUGGUUGGAAAUCACUUAUGGCUGCUGUAACUGUUGACUGUGAUCCAAUGAAAAGUCGGAAAUAUACUUUUGAUCACUUGAAAUUAAUAGAAAUGGCAAGCCAAACACAACGAAGAUCUUGUAGUGAAAUAUUUUUAGAAGAAUGGGGAACCAGUGGUCGUAUUAGGCCUAAUCUCAAGAUCCUUAUGGAUCUAUUAAUCAAAUUAAAACUAAUACGAGCUGCUGAAUGUAUAGCUUCUAAAAUAACAAGUGAUAAACCUAAUGAAAAUUUGGAGACAUCUAUGAACCUUCUUGAGAUUGAUGAAUACACAAAUAAUGAUAAUAGUGAAGACUAUAAAUCUACUUUGUUCGCUCAUCAGCUAGAGACCAAAUCAAUUUUAAAUGAUGACAAAAGUAAUGCAAGAUUUGACAAAAUUAAACUACCUUAUAAAUAUUUAUCUAAUGCCACAAAUGGAUUUUCGGAUUCAUGUUUAAUUGGAGCUGGUGGAUUUGGUAAAGUAUUCAAAGCAAAAUUAAUUAACCAAGUAGUGGCAAUAAAACUUAUGGAAAAAAUAAUCGAAGAAAAAGAUUUUAAACAGUAUUUAAAUGAAAUUGAUAUUGUAUUAAAAUUCAAACAUGAUAAUUUAUUACCAUUAAUAGCAAUUUCAUAUGAUGAACAGCCGUGUGUUGUUUAUGAAUUUAUGGAGAACGGUUCAUUACUUGAUUGCAUUGCAUGUAAAAAUAGAUCUUCCAUAUUGAAUUGGAAACUAAGGAUAAAAAUUGGAACAGAUGUAGCCAGUGGGCUAGUUUACUUACAUACAGCAUUUGAAACACCUUUCAUACAUCGAGACAUUAAAAGUGCUAAUAUACUUCUAGACAAUACAUUUAUUGCCAAAAUUGGAGACUUUGGAUUAACUCGCAUUGGAGAUCACACUAUGACAUCUGUAGUGUUAGGAACAUCUGCGUAUAUGUCACCUGAAGCAUUUAGAGGUGAUAUUUCUAUGAAAAUAGAUGUUUUUAGCUUUGGAGUAGUAUUAUUGGAGCUAUUAACAGGAUUACCACCGUAUGAUGAAUGUCGUACUGGUUGUGAUUUGUUAACACAUAUGAGUGAAAUUGAAAGUACUAUUGAAGAACUAUUAGACAAACGUGCCGGAUAUUGGAACAACAGUAUUGCUACAAAAAUGUAUGACUUGGCAAUUCUUUGUACUGCUACUAAAACCCAAAGACCAUUUAUACACGGUCAAGAAGGUGUUUUUGAAUCUCUUAAAAAUAUUCAAUCUGAAAUUGAUGUAUAACAACAUGUACAUGACAAUUAUUAAUUAUACAAUUUGUUGUAAAUAAAAAUUAAGUUACCAUAAUCAUUUGAACAGAAUAACAAAUUAAUAAUAAAAUAUUUUUUAUUUUGAGUUA